AUGGCUUCUUUUCUCAUAUCAGACGUCCGAAUUUUCGACGGCGAGCAGAGCAUCGAGAACGGAUCUGUGCUUGUCGAGAAUGGCAAGAUCUCCAAGGUCUCUUCGGGUGCGAUCCAGUUCGAAGGGACGAAAUAUUCGAAGCCAGGACAUACGGUUUUGCCAGGAUUCAUAGACACUCAUAUACAUGCCAAUGGUGGCACUGAGAAAGCGCUUCCGCAGUCUCUUCGUUUCGGUUGUACUACUGUCUGCGAUAUGCACAAUGAAUGGCCGAACAUACUCAAGCUCAAGAAGCAGCAAGCAGCUGGGGAUUGCGCUGAUCUGAAGACGACCAGCUUUGCUGCAACGAUAGACAAUGGAUGGCCGAUGCCGAUUUUGCUCACGCAUGCUGACAGUCCACAAACGAGGGCAGAGCUUGCGACCUGGCCAAAGCUGGAGACCGCAGAUGAUGCAGUCUCUUAUGUAAACGACCGAGUUAAGGAAGGCGUGGACUAUAUCAAGCUUAUGCACGAGUCGGGCACCGUGAUGAACCAGACCUUCCGAAAGCCGAGCAUCGAACUCCAGAAGGCUGUGAUUCAUGAGGCUCAUAAACAUGGCCUGACUGUGGUCGCACAUGCCUUGUCUCUGGACGAUGCUAUCGAAAUUCUUGAGGCUGGUGUUGAUGGCACGACUCAUACAAUCGUGGACCAAGCGCCGAACCAACGUCUGAUUGACGCGUAUAAGAAGAGCAAUGCACAUUGCAAUCCAACGCUGGCCACGCUUGGCUCUGCCACCAGCGAAGGCAAGAGCCAGCAAGAGAAAUAUGCGCAUGAUCCACGCAUCGAAGGUCUACUCGGCAAGGAGGAGCGCGAUCGAAUGUGUCAAUGCUCGGCGUUCGCGCAAGGCAACGGUCAAGCGUGUGAACAUGCAUACGAGAGCGUGAGGCAGAUGAAAGCUGCUGGAAUUCCAGUCCUGCUCGGCACGGAUACGGCUGGCCCUGCUGUUGGGACUGCCUGGGGUCUGACAGCACACCAAGAACUCGUCAUCUUGGUGGAAAAAUGCGGAUUCACGCCAGAAGAAGCUCUGGUAGCAGCGACAUCGCUUCCAGCUAAGCGCUUUCAAUUCUCGGAUCGUGGAAAUAUCAAACAUGGUCUGCGUGCUGAUCUGUUGCUGGUCCAAGGUAAUCCGCUUGAGAAUAUUGACGACACCCUCAACAUCAGAGGCGUGUGGACGCAGGGUCAGCUCUGCAGUUCUUACCAAGACAACCUUUAGGAGUGUGAAACGAGCGCCGCUAAUCAUUCUCAUCCACCUCGAUCACUCCGCACCCUCAUCAACAUCAGGCCAAAACUCCUUCUCAACCCAGAUGACCUGCCUCCACGCCGCCUCACACUCUUUCCACACCCAACCUCGCUCCUCAACUCCACACUUAGUAGCCAUCUCAUUCACCAACCCUCCAAGCUUCCUCACAAAAGUUUCAAACUCACGCGAACUCCAAUUCGGAAUAAACACCCUCUGCAUCACAUCAGCCUCCUUACCCACCUUCACCUUUCCUAACGCAAAUCUCCAAGCCCGUAAAUAGCACUCUUCAGGAGCCCAUAGAAUCGUCAAACCCACUAAUAUCGCUCCUGCGAAAAGGUCUUGAUAAUUCCUCGUCUGCGGUGAGCUCCAGCAAGCAGCCACCUCCCAACUUCCCUUUCCUAAUCAAUAAUUACUCACCUCCCUCUCAACCCCACACCCCUCACAAACCUCCUCUCCUCCAACCACCCCUCCUCCCGAGCAGAACUUUCAAACAACGCAAUCUCUCCCCGAAUAUUUCCCAAACCCUCGAUCAAAAUAUCCACAACUCUCCAUUCGAUUGAAGUCUCACGAUUCGAGCCAUGAGGAAUAGAAAUUUGGCUGAGAAGGGAGCCGAUGAAAGUCGUGUAGGAAAGUGCAUAGAUUCUGUCUUGAGCGAGCCAGCGUUUGAGUUUUGGAAGGGGGAGGGAGGAGAUUCGCGAGAGAUUUUGGAUAGGUGAGGGACUUGCGUGGCUGCGGCUUUGAGGAAUGGAUGUGUUGUUGCUUUCUCUAGACCGACUGAGUCGAGAUUUAUGAGAUGGGAUGUCAAGGAUGGCAUGCUUAGCUGCCCAAAAGGGUCUCGAGAAAAGUAGGGUCGUGGUUGUGAUGCCGGACGUUGCCACGGGAUGUUUUCGAUGAGUAGGUACCAAGAGCGGUCUGUCACAAAACUUUGCUCAUCGGCAGUGCGAAAUAUGUUCCAAUUGAAUGGAAGAAUGAAUGGAGGUGAUGUUGUUCGCGUGCUGCUCGUCUCUCUCACUGUCCUCGUAUAUCAGCUGUGAAGCAGACAGUAUAUGACGUCUCGCUUCGCUCCUGGAAAAGUCAAAUCCUCGGCUGAAAUCGGACAUGUCCUUCCCAGUGGAGGUCCGGAGGACGUAAAAAAUCGUGGUCAUUAGCAAGGAGGUUGAUUUGAA